UCCAACCGGAAGUUAGAUAGCACCCGGUGUCAGUUAAGUUGAUGCUGCAGCUAACAGCAAAGUUGUCUUCGGAACCGCAAAGAAAAGGCGGACUGGGUCUUCUUUUCUGACAUUUUCAUGUCGUCGACCGUCUGCUGGUGGUUUUCACGGAGGUCGAGAUGAAUCUAGAUUUAAGCUCGGAAUCCCAUCUGAAGGAGAAGAAACAGCGGAGUUCGCCUGCGAAAUCCCUUUAAAAGCGUCAGCGGUUUGUUUUUAGCUUCGCCUGUUUUUACCAGCGGGUCGGUUAGUUAGUUGUCGGUUUUAAGCGAGUUUACGCGGAGAAAUCAUGGCGUUCUUCGUGAAAAAGAAGAAAUUCAAGUUUCAGACCCAGCUGACCCUGGAGGAGCUGACCGCUGUGCCUUUUGUCAACGGGGUUCUGUUCUGCAAACUGCGGCUGCUGGACGGAGACUUUGUCGCUACUUCUUCCAGAGAGGAAGUUCAUGAGAACUGUGUCCGCUGGAGAAAGAGGUUCACCUUUGUGUCAAAAAUGAGCGCCAACCCUCACACCGGGGUGCUGGAUCCGUCCGUCUGCAGGGUGUCCGUCAGGAAGGAACUGAAAGGAGGAAAAGCAUAUUCGAAGCUGGGCUUCACAGACCUCAACAUGGCCGAGUUCGCCGGUUCUGGCUCCACGGUGCGCUGCUGUCUGCUGGAGGGAUACGACACCAAGAACACGCGGCAGGACAACUCCAUCCUGAAGGUGAUCAUCGGAAUGACUCUUCUUUCUGGAGAUCCGUGCUUCAAAACCGCUCCAAGCACAGCAAAGUCCAUCUCCAUCCCCGGACGGGAACACACCCUGCAGCUGGACUGCAAGGGGGAGGGGACGGCCGAGGGAACCGGGCCAGCUGGAGGGGUUUCUCUGGGCCGGGCCUCCAAGCCUCGGCCUUCCAUCAUCAGCUCGGGCCUGCUGGACGACUCCGAGCCCAACCAGAACCAGUCCAGUCCGACAGAAGUCUUCCAGUCUGGUCAUUCUCGUAACUCCAGCUACGCCAGCCAGCAGAGCAAAAUCUCAGGCUACAGCACCGAGCACUCCUGCUCCUCCAGCCUGUCGGAUCUCACGCAUCGCAGGAACACCUCGACAGGAAGCAGCGCCUCCGGAGGCCUCUGCUUCACCGCCGACCCGCCAGCAGAGGGCGACAAGGACACAGGACGUCCGGAGAGACCCCCAAGACCCCCACGGCCCGUUCUGCCCCCAAACCGACCCCUGAGGAGGAAGCAGGACUCGGUGGAGAGUCACCCCACCUGGGUCAACGACACCCGCAUCGAUGCCGACGACAUCGUGGAGAAAAUUGUCCAGAGUCAAAACUUUGCAGAUAUCAACAACACCGAAGACAGCAACCUGCGCCUGUUCGUCAACAGAGACGGAACCACGGCGCUCAGCAGCAUCCGACUGGGAAACAGGGUUUCUGCCGGCGGCUACGAGCCGGUGGUGAUCGAGAGCCACUAACUGGCCCCCUGCUGUCUCACUGGUUUUACUGGAGCUUCAGCUGGUCUGACGCCAUGAGAGGAAAGCCUACGUCCGUUUGCACUUUAUGUCCAGUUUGUUGCAGCAUUGGCCUGCGCUCUGUUAAAGCUGUAUCUUUGUGAUAUUGAAGGGAAUGCACAAAAUGCUCCUCACUGUGUGUGAAUAUGUUGCAGGGAUUUCCAAUGAAGACGUACAGAGGUUUCAGAUAUCCUCCAUUUUGUCUGCAGCUUGUUGUUAAAAGUGAAAGACGAUAAAUAAGAUGAGAAAAGCUCAAGAGAGGAACAAUCGACUGUUUAACAGAAUAGGAAACAAACAGCCACCAAAAUUGUUGGUUUCCUGUCGACAGAAAAACUUUCUCUGAUUUUUUUGUGUUUAAUAAAUCAGGAGUGCAGCUCUGUGACCCGAUCAGGGGAAACGUCAGAGGGCUGACAAAAGCUCAAUCUGCAGAUUUAAAACUGACAGUUCAGCGUUUUUCCAUCGAUUUCUCCUCCCUUCAGUCAGGAAACCUUGUUGCUUUUCUUGCAGCCGAAACGUUGCCACUAUGUUUCCUACAGCAGAGUAUCAGGGCCAUCGUAGAAAAGAAAUUAACAAGUUUUAGAAUGGGCUCAAAACGUUUCUGGAAAAAACAAGAAACUUUCUGAACUCCAAAAGACAAAAAUUUGUGAGAAAAAAUCUAAGAAAUUUCUAAGGUGUUUUUUUUUUUUUUGGAGAAAAAUACUUUAUUUUUAAAAUUUAAUAUAAAGUUUCAUUGUUUAUUUGAGAUUAAUCUAAAUUUUUUCUUUUUUUUUCUAAAAAGUUUCUGAGUUUAAUCUCAAAAUUUGUUAUUUUCUAGGAAGCUUUAAGCUUUUCAAACUCAGAAAUUUUCUUUCAAAAAAUUAGAAGAUGUUAGUUUUGUCAGCAGAAAGCCUUUUUUCUAUCUGCAAUGGCCCUACCACUAAUUACCUACUUGAAUCAAUGGGGAAAGGCUUGAAUCACUUCUCCUGAUCUGAAUCUUUUCUUUGUGGCCUCAAACACUCGGCAGCGUCUUCGAUUUCUCCUAAAUGUCAGUGACGUUCCUCUGAAAAGGCUAAUCUGUAAUCCUGCUGGUUUUGGGUUCAGAUUUACAGCCGAGUUGCAGCGUUUCACUGAAACAGAAUCAAAAAUACUUGGAUCCAGUGGGAAACCCCCACUUCAACACUAAAAGUUGAGGAUAAAUGGUGAUGUUGUCCUCCCUGUUGAUCAGGGGAAUCUGUGCCUUUAAGUUUUCUCUCUAAUGAGCCGAAAGCAUCAUGAGAGCAGCCGUAGGAUUUGAGCUUAUGAUGGUGAGGAGAGAAAUAUUCAGCUUGUUUUUUGUUUUGUUUUUUUCCACACGCUGCUUCAUUUCCAGGAAGGAUUAACCAGAAGAAAUCGGUUCUGUUCGGCUGGACGAGUCGCUUUUCUUUGCAGAGAAACGUCUGGUCUGAAGAAUUUUCUGUUCAGCUCUUUGCUGCCCCCUGGUGGGGCGACGACGUGUUUACUGUGACGUUUUCAAACGUGACUGAAACAGGAAAGAUGGAGUAAAUGUGUCACUGAUGGCUCCAAACAGAAAGGAAGUGAUUGUUCAGGACCAGCUGGCUGGUUCGGGUUCUUCGCUUCUUUUCCUGCAAAUUAUCUGAAAAUGAUAACAAACUUUUAGUUUGUUUUGAGGAUUAAAAUCCACUUUUUCUUAUUGUGAGAAGCCCCUAAAGUAUUCUUUAAAGCCCACACUUGUACCGUUUCUAAGUGAGAAAAUGUUCAAAAGCUCAUAAAACAAAAUGAUCUUUUCAAAAGGUUUAAAAAGUGAAGAUUUUUUCUUUUUUCUUUUGAUUUUUAGAAUUUAAAAAAUGACUUGUAAGUCUCCCUGAAGCCGUUAAAUCUUCUACUCUACAGAAAAGUUGGGUUUUAAUCCUUGUUCUGUGAUCCGUUCAGUUUCUUCCUCGUUUCCUGUCCAGUGCAGCUCGUCUGUCCAGCAUCGCAUGCUAAAGAAUCGCACCGUUAGUUUUUCUCACGUUUUGGGGAUGAACCACUGAAAGUUUAGUCUCUUUGGGUUUACAUCACCGCCUCGUUUUGUUUUCUUUUAAAGCAUCUAUUUAAAUAUUUUAGUUUUUUUCCUCUGGAGGUUGUUAUAAGCUAUGCACACACCUCGCCUCCCUGAGCUUUUGUUUUUCAGUUCAGUGAUUCUAACCAAGGAUUUUAUUAUUACUAAUUUAGUUUGACUUAAAUUUUAUAGAAAACACAGUUGGAACUGAAUUUUCAGUUUCCAAAUGGUUUAUUUCUUUCUCCAACAUAUAUUUGCGCAGAAAUUACAUAUAAACAAUAAAAAUGCUAAUCUGAA